GCCUCGGCCGUCGCAUUUUAGUUCUUCUCACCGUCACGGUCAUGGUACCACAAAAUACCUUUACCUGCUACCACCACCACCACCAUGCCCGCUGAUCCGCUCUCUUCUCUGGAAGUCCGGCGUGCUGCCCGUGCAGCGGUGAAGGCUCUCCGAGAUAGCGGGUACGAAUGCUGUCUGUUUGGGAGUGCUGCUUGUUCGAUAUACGGCAUGAGUGGUAGAGACCCCAACGAUGUAGACCUCGUUGUCCUCGACGAUGAUGUGAAUGCCGAGGACAUAAAGGACCUCCUCGUUGAGGCAGAUGACAGGUUCUUCCUCAAACGUUCCGUCAAUCCACAGGCGACGUAUCGUGUUUUGUGGUAUGCACUCCGGAUUAAUUCCAAAGGGCGGGGGAUACGCUCUUGUAAAGUGGACAUCCUUACUCCUGGGGCUUCGACGAACCUUCAAAUCCCGCUGGUGCCAUUCAGUCGGAUAACGUAUGUACAGCGUUACCGAGAUCUGCCUCUUAUGCCCUUCAUGUGUAUGCUGUUGAUGAAACUUCGUGGGUGGGAGGACCACGUCGACUCGGAGAAGGUGUAUAUGCAGGAGAAAGAGCCGAUUGAUGUGACGGACUUAGACGAGCUGCUGGAUUUGGCCAAGACCCACUAUCAUGUGGGAGUGAACUCGCCGUCAGAGCAGUGGAUGCCAGGCUGGUUCAUUGAAGAGAGUCAUCGGAGAGUGGCUCGAUUUGUUGGGGACUAUCCCGAUUUUAUGCAAGGGUGGGCAGAUGUUGGAUUUGUGUUUUCUUGAUUACACUCAUUAUUUUGUAUCGGAUUCGCAUUUAUAUAUGAAUCGAUUUGUAGCCAUAUUGACCGCCGAGAAUGUCGAGCAAGAACAAGCCUGUCGCUUCGCUCUUCUUCCAGAGGUAAAAUACGUCAAGCUUCCAUCAUACACUACCGAUAUUUCGGCACCGCGCACGUUUGUGAUGUAAAAAAAAAACGGCGUAGCCUCUCGGGUGAGAUUUGCGACCUCGCCUUCAACAAGUCUGAAAGCAAAGCACCUGUGACUAUAAAGGUCGACGGCUUGCUAUUAAUAUCUACGGUACAUGAGGCUGGACACCUUUGAA